UAAGAGCGCAAAGAGCGGAGGUGGAGGAGGUGAUGGAAAGCGGCAGGAAAUGGUGUCCGCGCCCUUAAAACAGCACGCUCGUAAUUUGUUGGCUGCCUUUCUUUCUCUGAAAGUGCCUUUCCUUUCUCUCCCCUCUGGGAUUCUUUGAUCCAUUGCUGAUUGGUGGUCCGCAUCAAUGGCGACGGAAGAGCUUCCGCCCCUGGCGUCUGACAUUAAAAGGGUGGUGAUCCUCGGCGGUGGCAUCGCCGGCUCUCUCCUCGCCAAGUCUCUCCAGUUCCGCGCCGAUAUUUUCCUCGUUGAUCCGAAGGAGUACUUUGAGAUCCCAUGGGCAAGCUUGAGGGCGAUGGUGGAGCCAUCAUUUGCUGAGAGAACGGUGAUUAACCACAGAGAUUACCUUACCAAUGGGCAACUUGUUGUAUCUACUGCGGUUAACAUCAGAGACAACGAAGUGUUGACUUCAAGUGGUCAAUGGAUUGCAUAUGAUUAUCUUGUUAUUGCCACAGGUCAUUUGGAUCAUGUUCCCAAAACAAGAACUGAGAGGCUCGAGCAGUACCAAGCUGAGUCUGAAAAGAUAAAAUCUGCCAAUUCCAUUUUGAUUGUUGGAGGGGGGCCCACUGGUGUGGAACUUGCUGGUGAAAUUGUUGUUGACUUUCCUGAUAAGAAGGUGACAUUGGUGCACAGGGGAUCCAGGUUGCUAGAGUUUAUUGGAGCUAAGGCUUCCAAGAAGGCGCUGGAUUGGUUAACAUCGAAGAAAGUUGAGGUGCUCUUAAAUCAAUCUGUUGAUAUAAACACUGCAUCUGAUGGUACUUAUCAAACGUCUGGUGGAGAAACUAUCAUAGCAGAUUGCCACUUUGUGUGCACAGGGAAACCAAUAGGUUCAUCUUGGCUUAAGGACACCGUCCUUAAGGAUAACUUGGAUGGCCAUGGAAAGUUGGUGGUUGAUGAUAACCUAAGGGUCAGGGGCCUCAAAAAUGUUUUCGCCAUAGGAGAUAUCACUGCUAUUCCUGAAAUCCAACAGGGGUAUUUGGCGCAAAGGCAUGCUGUGGUGGCUGCCAAGAACAUAAAGAUGUUGAUGUCCGGAGAGAAGGAGACCAAGUUGGCCACUUACAAGCCUGGUUCAGCAAUAGCUAUUGUCUCGCUUGGGAGGAGAGAUGCAGUGGCACAAUUACCCUUUGCAACAAUUUGUGGUUGCAUUCCUGGUAUGAUCAAAUCCAGGGACUUGUUUGUGGGGAAGACAAGGAAGCAAAUGGGGCUAAAGCCGACUCUUACAUAAAACUUAGAAAUAACCUCGCAUUGUGACGUUUUCUCUGGGCUUUAUCGAGAUGCCAAAUUUGUGGGUGUUCAUUUCAAGCUUCCUACCGUAUUCUUUGGGCUUCAAAAGUAUCAUUUGAAACUAUAAAUUUCAAAUAAAUUCGAACAUUGUAUCAAUCAGGCUUAAGUCUAUUUUUGCAUCGGUUUUUUCUUUUU